AUGCACGGAGAGGAGGAUGAGGUGUCGGACGUGGAAUCCAUCGAGGAUGCCGUCUUCGACAUUGAUGCCGCCAGCGACGACGACUCCGAGGACGAGGAGUUUGCCGCCGAUGAGCGCUACGCCGCACUCGCCCGGCAAGCAAAGACUCUGGAGGCCAAGCUUCGCAUCGCGCGUGGCGAGAAGGAUGAGGGCGAGAGCGGGAGCGAUGAUGAGGAGGAGGAGGGUAAGCACGGCGAGGGGCGAUGGGGCAACAAGCGGGCAUACUACGACGCCGACAACAUUGAUCUGGAGGGGUCCGAGGAGGAGGACGCACUGCAGGAGGAGGAGGAGGAGGCCCGUCGCCUGCAGAGCGCCGUGCUGUCGGGCCUGGACCCCGAGGACUACGGCGUGGCGGAGGGAGGAGACUCUCCCUCCUCCAGCGAGGACGGCAGCGAGGGGGAGGGCGCCGGGGACGUGGAGUUCGUCCCACGCGACAUCGCGGGCCUGACAGAGGCGGAGCGCGCCGCCGCGGCCGCGCAGGCCGCGCCCGAGCUGGCGGGCCUCCUGGCGGAGCUGCGCGGGUCGCUGGCGGAGGUGCGCCACCGCGUGGGCCCGCUGCUGAAGGAGGUGCGGGAGGGGGAGCUGGCCACGGCGGAAGGCCUGUCCUACCUGGAGGCCAAGCACCUGCUCCUGCUUCAGUACUGCAUUGGCAUCGUGGUGUACCUGCUGCUGAAGGCGGAGGGGCGCCAGGUGGCGGGUCACCCUGUCAUCGCCCGCCUGGUGGAGAUCAAGGCCUACCUGGAGAGGCUGCUGGCCGCCGCGGAGGAGGAGGCCGCGGAGCAGGCGCGGGUGGGCGGGACGGGGCUGUACCGCCCGCCCCGCCUCAACCCCGUGUCCAUGGAGAUGGAGGAGGGGCGCGCCACGGAGCGGCAGGAGCGGCACCUGGUGCACAAGGCGCGUCGCGCCGGCCGCAGCACGCUGCUGUCGGAGAUCGCGCGCGAGGUGGAGGGCGCGCCCGAGGAGCUGCGCGAGACGCUGACGGGGAUGGACAGCGCGGCGGCGGUGCGCCAGCGCCACCGCCUGGCGGCACGCGAGGCGGUGGAGGAGGACCUGAUGCUGCGCGUCCCACUGAGCCGGGAGGAGGGCAAGGCGCAGCGCGCAGCGCGCCGCGCGGGCCUCGCCGGCGCUGCGCUGCUGGACGACUUCCGCGAGGAUGUGGCGUCGGUGCUGGAGGGCGGGCUGGGCGGCGACUUCCAGCGCCACCGCACGGGGCAGCGCUGGGGCGGGGACGCCUCGGCCGCCGGCGCGGCCCGGCCGCGGUCGGGCGACGCCGACCUGCCGGCACGGGAGCCGCUGGCCAAGCGCCGCGCCGCCUUCGACAGCGUCGCGGCCAAGAAGGCGCAGCGCACGAGCGGCGAGAAGUCGGCCGGCGGCGAGCUGGCGCGCACGGAGGACGAGUUCUACGCCUCCGUCAAGGCUUCCAAGGCGGAGGCACGGCGUGUGGCAAAGGAAGCAUACAAGUACCCAGACACCCAAGUGCCGCUGGAGGAACCCCAGGCCCCGGGUGCCCGCGGGAUCACCACCGCCAUCGAGAAGAAUCGCGGGUUCACCCCGCACCGGCGUCGGGAUCUCAAGAACCCGCGCAAGAAGAACAGGAUCAAGUUCGACGAAGCCACUGUGCGGCGGAAGGGGCAAGUCCAGGGCGUAAAGGCUGGCGCAGCUGGGAGCUACGGCGGAGAGGCCACCGGCAUCAAGUCUCGCAUCUCCAAGUCUGUCAAGUUCUGA